AUGUUUUUCGCGCCAAAAAAUAGUAGUUUCUAUCUCUUUAUCUCUGUAUUUCUCUUUUUAUCCGCCCUCCUUUUUCUUUCUCUGCUUUUAUUUCCUUUUUCUUUCUUUCUCUCUCACUUUUCGCCUCUCUUUCAUUUUAUUUCAAUUUUCUUUCUUUCUCACAUUUCGCCUUUCUUUCAUUUUAUUUCCCUUUUCUUUCUUUCUCUCUCACUUUUCGCCUCUCUUUCAUUUUAUUUCCCUUUUCUUUCUUUCUCUCUCACUUUUCGCCUCUCUUUCAUUUUAUUUCCCUUUUCUCUUUCUUUCUCACUUUUCGACUCAUUUUAUUUCCCUUUUCUUUCCCUCUCACUUUUCGACUCAUUUUAUUUCCCUUUUCUUUCUCUUUUCGUCUCUCAUUUUAUUUACCUUUUCUUUCUUUCUCACAUUUCGCCUCUCUUUCAUUUUAUUUCCAUUUUAUUUCCCUUUUUUCUUUCUCUCACUUUUCGCCUCUUUCAUUUUAUUUCCCUUUUCUCUCUUUUCGUCUCUUUCAUUUUAUUUCCCUUUUCUUUCUCUUUUCGUCUCUCAUAUUAUUUCCCUUUUUAUCUCUCUCCCUCUCGCUCACGCAAAGCGUCACCUUCUCUCUCUGCUACAUUCAUCCGCUUUAUGUUUCAUAUCUUCUCUACUGUUUACACUAAUUCUCUCAAACAUGCGGAGAAAGGUUUCUCCUUAUAUACGACUCCACCCCCUUUCUUCUCUUUUACUCAUGUUUUUCUCUUUGACCCUCUCUUACAAAACAUAUUAUUCUCGCUCUCUCUCUUUCACUCUCUCUCUCUCUCUCUCUCUCUCUUACUAUGCUCACUCUCACGCACUUUUAUUGCACCCGCGCGCGUGCGUGCGUGUGUAAGCAAGUAUAUUCGUAUACAAGUUUUCUUUUUGGGUGUCCUUGUAUCUUACAUUCCCUGUCACUUUAUAUUUAUCUAUGAAUAUAUUCUCAUAUUCUCUCUCUCAUAUAUUCUCUCACAUAUUCUCAUAUUCUCUCUCUCAUAUAUUCUCUCACAUAUUCUCAUAUUCUCUCUCUCAUAUAUUCUCUCACAUAUUCUCUCUCUCAUAUAUUCUCAUAUUCUCUCUCUCAUAUAUUCUCUCACAUAUUCUCAUAUUCUCUCUCUCUCAUAUUCUCAUAUUCUCUCUCUCAUAUAUUUUCUCACAUAUUCUCAUAUUCUCUCUCUCAUAUAUUCUCUCACAUUCUCUCUCUCAUAUUCUCUCAUUCUCUCUCUCAUAUUCUCUCUCUCAUAUAUUCUCUCACAUAUUCUUAUAUUCUCUCUCUCAUAUUCUCAUAUUCUCUUUCAUAUUCUCUCUGAUAUAUUUUCUCUCAUUCUCUCUCUGAUAUUCUCUUUCAUAUUCUCUCUCUGA